UCCUUUGAAUGUUCUUGUUGUUCAAAGGAAGCAUGCAGUCCACACCUACUGCUAUCGCUAUAAAUAGUCCAGCAUGAGAGCUCAAAUAUUCAAACAACCUUAAGCCUUCAAACACUUCUCUCUCUAGCUAGCCUAUCUAAUUCUCUUCUAAUUCCAAAACCCAAUCCAACCAUUGGAUCGAGUUCAGUCCAAAUUCGAUCUGAUGGUUUUGAUCAAGUCUUAAGUAAACAAGCAGUCUUAGGUAAAACUUUGCCAUAUUUCGUUAACUUACUUUUCCAUUCAAGGAAAAGGUUUGCCAUAUUGGGAAGAUAUUCGUGAUCAAAAGAGUUUUCCAAGAUGGACAAAGUAAUGAGGUUGGCAUCCGAGAAUGGUGUGGUGAUUUUUAGCAAGAGCUCAUGUUGCCUCUGUUAUGCAGUCAACAUUCUAUUCCAAGAGAUUGGGGUGAGUCCUGUGGUUCAUGAGAUUGACCAAGAUCCCGAAGGCCGGGAAAUGGAGAAGGCUCUUACAAGGCUGGGGUGUACUGCGCCUGUGCCCGCAGUGUUCAUAGGUGGAAACCUCAUUGGAUCGACCAACGAAGUCAUGUCCCUCCACCUAAAAGGCCAGCUGAUCCCACAGCUGAAACCUUACCAGCAGCAGACUUAAUUUGUCUUAAUUAAUUAACUACUCAAAUAUCGUGUUGAAAAAAAAAUAAAUAAACUGGUUCAAAUUAGUACUGUAGUGAGCUUCGUAUUCAAAAAGUCUAUGUAGUGCUUUCUUGUUUUUUCCUCAAAAUACUUAUGCAGUGUUUCAUGUGUCUUAUAUUCUGUAAGAUUUGAUCAGCUAUAGCUUGUAAACUAGCCAUCUGUUUCCUAUUUUUAAUGAAGUAGUUUUAUA